AUGCUCUCCGCUCGCCUUGCCCGUGCCGGCCUCCGUGCCUCCGCCCAGCAGUUCUCCGUUCCUCGCACCGCUGCCAUCAACGGCCUGAGAACCUAUGCCACCGCUACCCAGGAUGUCAAGCCUCCUGUCUCCUUGUUCGGCGUUGACGGUACCUAUGCCACUGCUCUGUACACUGCCUCCGCCAAGUCUUCCGCCCUUGACGCUACCUCCAAGGCCCUCAUUAACCUCGGUGCCGCCCUCAAGGCCGACCCCAAGCUCAUCAACAUCCUCUCCACCCCUACCCUGACCGCCAGCGACAAGCAGCAGAUCGUCGCUGAACUCCAGAAGGUUGCGGGCGCCGACAAGGCCGAUAUCCUCAAGAACUUCCUCGCUACCCUGGCUGAGAACAACCGUCUCGGUCUCCUCGACGGUGUUUGCGAGAAGUUCGGCACUCUUAUGAGCGCUCACCGUGGUGAGAUUGAGCUGACUAUCACCAGCGCCCAGGAACUUGACAACAAGACCCUCACCCGUCUCGAGAAGGCCGUUGCCAAGUCCGAGUUCAGCCAGGGCAAGAAGCUCAAGAUCGUCUCCAAGGUCAACCCCGACAUUGUUGGCGGCCUUGUUGUCGAAAUCGGUGACCGCACCAUUGACCUGAGCGUCUCCUCCAAGAUCGCUAAGCUCAACAAGGCCCUCACCGAUGCUUUGUAA